AUGGCGAAUACAAGCCUGUUCAUGUUAACCCUGAUUCUAUGGAUAAUAUGUAUCUCCAGAGAAGCUGCUGGGAAAUGUAAGAAAUACGCUGACCAAGUCCUUCUCGUUUCCAUGGACGGGUUUAGAUAUGACUAUCCAGAGAGAGCGACCACACCAAACUUUGACAGAAUGGCUCAGAAAGGGGUGAAAGCAGAUUACGUCACAAAUGUGUUCCCUACCAAAACCUUCCCAUCCCACUAUAGCGCCGUUACAGGACUGCAUACGGAAAGUCACGGAAUCGUAGGAAACACAAUGUAUGACCCAGAGUUUGACGAAUACUUUUCCAUGAGAACCCAUGAGACAAAAUGGUGGGACAGGGGAGAGCCAUUGUGGAUAACAGCCCGGAAGCAUGGUCGAAGUUCCGGCUGCAUGUUCUGGCCCGGAAGUGAAGUGGAGAUACAGGGUUUGCGUCCGAACAGGUGGUACAAAUACAACGAAUCUAUAACCUAUGAUGAGCGAGUAGACAUCGUCAUGGAUAUGCUCAAAGUUGAUAAGUUAAACUUCGUUACCCUAUAUUUCCAUCAGCCAGAUCUAGACGGCCACAUUUAUGGACCUAGUGCGACAGAGAUUGUCGAAAAGGUAGAAGAAAUGGACGCACUUCUUGGGACACUCUUGGACAAAUUAGACGAGAAUGGACUCGUAGACAAAGUUAACUUGAUCAUCAUGAGUGACCAUGGAAUGACCGAAAUUGAUUAUGACAAUAAAUUAGUAGAGAUCUACGACUUAGUGAAUAAAUCUCUAAUCGAGCGCACAGUGGACAGUGGUCCGAUUAUGCACGUGGUUCCAAUUGUUGGACAAGAAGAUGCUGUUUUAAAUGCAAUAAAUAGCCACCCUCACUUCACAGCCUACAGAAAAGCUGAUAUACCUGACAGGCUACACUACCAGAAUAACCGAAGAAUAAUGCCAAUCUUCGUAAUGUCGGAUGAAGGAUGGUCUAUAACAUGGAAUCGAACUUGGACGAGACGUUAUCUCAGUAAAGGUAACCAUGGAUACGACAACGGUCUGAUGUCCAUGAAGUCGAUAUUCUAUGCCAUGGGUCCUAACUUCAGGCAAAAAUAUCCGGCGUCGCCCUUCAAGUCGAUUGACCUGUACCCACUGGUGUGUGAACUGCUAGAUAUGCCGCCCUCAGAUAACAAUGGUACUCUAGCAAACACCAAAAACUUCAUAAAACCUUUCAAAAAUUGCGACGGAACUUUCAGAAUCACUUCCAGUAAAUUUUAUCGUCUACUUUCAUAUUCCAGGAAGUCGACAGUCCGGAACGAAGGAAAGAUGAAUUAUUUUUUUCGACAUGAAUUUCGAGAAAUGUUUUCAGGAAAAAUUUGUAAUCACUUCAUUCAAAGAUAA